AUGCUUUUUGGGAAAGCUUCUCCCAAAUUUUCACUCCCGUCCCCGCGCCAUCGCUGCCCUUCCUGGGAUUUCCCUCUUCCAUUCACUGGAACCGGACGUCCAGGGUCGCCGGACGCCUACCGCAGUCCGCACCGCCGCUCUUGGGAGCGCCCACCGCUCCUGCAGUCCGCACCGCCGCUCCUGGGAUUUUUCUCCAGCGCCCACCGCUCCUGCAGUCCGCACCGCCGCUCCUGGGAUUUUGCUCCAGCGCCCACUGCUCCUGCAGUCCGCACCGCCGCUCCUGCAGUCCAUGGUCGCCGGACGCCUACCGUGAUGAAGCCUGGCUCCGCCGCAAGGGAAACUGGAAGAACCCUCCCCAAGACCACGACCAUCACGACCACGCCGUCUUCCUCUGCCGCAUCUGACUGCGAAGACACUCCUUCCCCGCAUGGCCCACUCUGCCAUCUUCACCACAGGGGAAGGGAGCAGGACCUAAGCAAAGAAGAGCCUUGAUUUCUUGUGCCAGUAAAUACAAAGCAAUGUUGAUAGUUGAUGUUCCACAAGCCACCGAGGCUCUGCAGAAAGGAGACCUCAAGUUUGCUGAAGAUGGAGCCAAUGAUGCUGCUAAUGAGGCUACCUUUUGUGAGAGUGAUUUCUCUGGGAAUUGAAAACUCACCAAACAGAACAAUGCUAUGCACGAUGUUACUGCUAUUACUGCUGCUAUUGUUAGAUUGCUGCUCUAGAUUUUCAACUUCCUCGAACCAGUACUUAGUUGUAUUCACUGAUUGUUGCAGAUGUCUUGGAACCUGCUCUUGCUUGUUAUGUAAAAAAAAAA